GCGGCCCUGCCGCUGUGGGGGCGGGGGAUGGAGCGUUGUGCAAGCGGGCGCUUGUGAGCCCCGCUCCUCCGCCUGGGCACCUUCCGCCGGUCCCUUCAACCCGCUGCGAGCAGCCGGGGCCUCCUCCAUGCGGGAGCUGCUGGCCGGCCAUCCCCGGCGCCCGGCGAGCCGGAGCCGAGCCGCUGCCGAGCCGCUUGUGCCGCAUCUCCCCGCGGCGCGCUGAGCUCUGCCCGUCGCGCCGCCCCCUCCCUCAGUCCUUCCACCCCCCACUUCCCCGCUGCCCGUUUUAUGUUUUUCUUUUUUUUCUAUUUUUUUUUCUUUUUUUUUUUUUUCAUCCUGUCACCUCUGGGGUUUUUUCAUCCUGGCCGCGAGCAAAGUGUCUUGAUGAACGCAGAGGAUGUCCGGGAAGCACUAUAAGGGGCCUGAAGUCAGUUGUUGCAUCAAAUAUUUCAUCUUCGGCUUCAAUGUCAUCUUCUGGUUCCUUGGCAUAGCAUUUCUUGGGAUUGGAUUGUGGGCAUGGAAUGAAAAGGGUGUGCUGUCCAACAUCUCUUCCAUCACUGACCUGGGUGGUUUUGAUCCAGUCUGGCUCUUCCUAGUGGUGGGAGGAGUUAUGUUCAUUUUGGGAUUUGCAGGAUGCAUUGGAGCUUUGAGAGAAAAUACCCUUCUUCUCAAAUUUUUUUCUGUGUUUCUUGGAAUUAUUUUCUUCUUGGAACUCACUGCUGGGGUUCUAGCAUUUGUUUUCAAAGACUGGAUCAAGGACCAGCUGUAUUUCUUUAUAAACAACAACAUCAGAGCAUACCGAGAUGACAUUGAUUUGCAAAACCUCAUAGACUUUACGCAGGAAUAUUGGCAGUGCUGUGGGGCUUUUGGAGCUGAUGACUGGAACCUUAAUAUUUACUUCAAUUGCACAGAUUCCAAUGCAAGUCGAGAGCGCUGUGGUGUGCCAUUCUCUUGCUGCACUAAAGACCCUGCCGAAGAUGUUAUUAAUACUCAGUGUGGCUAUGAUGCAAGGCAAAAACCAGAAGUUGAUCAGCAGAUUGUUAUCUACACUAAAGGCUGUGUCCCUCAAUUUGAGAAAUGGUUGCAGGACAAUCUUACCAUAGUUGCUGGUAUAUUCAUUGGGAUAGCAUUACUGCAGAUAUUUGGGAUUUGCUUAGCCCAGAAUUUGGUUAGUGACAUUGAGGCUGUCAGAGCCAGCUGGUAAAACUGCUGAAGUAACUACAACAAGACACUGGACAACCGAAACCCUCUGAAACCUCCAGUGUGUCUCUCCGACACCAAGCUGUAUGGACAUGGGUGACAGGGAAGCCUUCUCUCCCACACUGUCUCAAGUUUAAGUUCCUGAUAUUGCAGUGAACUCGUAUUUCUUUGGGGUAGGGAUGAGAAGAGUGGGCUCUUUAAAAUCUGCUGCUCACUGACGAUUCUUUUUUUGUUCUUUUUGCUUUAAACCACCAGUUUGAAAGCUGUUGAGCCGUGAAUCUCUACUGUAUUCUUGAUCCUGAGUAACAAGUGGACACUUUUUAAAAAUUGGUGUUUUCAGUGGGACAGAGUUGCAUCAUUAUAAUCUGUGGAUAUACUGUUUAUUCUUCAUGUCAUGAGCUCUUAGUAGCUGCCAAGUAUUCCUGAGAUGGUCACUCACCUCACCACUCUGUAAAGGAACUGUCUUUAUUUUCACAGAUAAACAUAGCUACAGCCUAAACUCAUCAAGCAGGAAACAACUUUCUAUGCAUCUAUUGUACAGUAAAUGAAACUGUUUUUAAAACAAGGGAAAGUUACUUUUUUGGUGUGGUUGGUUUUUUGUUUGUUUUUGUUUUUUGUUCCUUUUACACAAGGUUCCAGCCAUCUCCCUGUAGUACUUUCAAGUUGGAAUCAGCAAGCUCGCAGGGAGAACUGCCUAGUUUUAUCAACAUCUUUCUUCCUUUCUCCGCCCUUGUGUGAAUGGAAAGGAGUUUUAUAUUUGUCAGACAAGGGUUGUGGAGCCUUUAGUUGCUGCCGUACCUUAGGCAAGAAUGAGAUAUAACUGUAUAAAUGUAUGAAAGCAGUGUGGAUAUUGGGUCCAAGUGAAUAUUAUUAUUCGAAAAAAUGAUUUAUAUAUUAACUUAAAAAAAAAAUCAAAGCAUAUGUAUCUGAUAUGGCUAAAUCUUUUGUUUCUCUGGAAUUUAGUGUAACCUAAUAUACUAAUAUUAGGGAUCUCACUAAUAUUAUGCUUUGAUAUACUUGUACAAAACUUCUUUUAAGAUAAUUUCUUGGUCUUUAGUGUUUCUCUUUUGAUUUUCUUUUUUUUUUCUUCAAUUCUUUUCACUUGCAUGAGCUGUGGAGUAAGAAUCUGUGACGCUCCAGUGCUUUAAAUCUGUGCAUAUGUUUUAAUACAGUCUAAUCCAAACUUGUUUAUUGGUAAAUGCAUGUGAUUAUGGGAAGAUCAUAUUCCAUUCCUUUGGAGAGAACAGCUUUUACCGGAGUAAAUGCUUACUUCCAGUGGACAAAUCCUUGCUCUGAAGAUAAAAUGCAACAACAAGAACAAAAAAUCUUGAAGCAAUGGAAUAAAAGUUCUAAAAUAGAAAUGUGCAUUAGGAUCAGCCAAGACACAUACUCUUGAAAUGGACAAAGGAGCAAAAUUUGGAAUCAAACUCAAAUAGUGGAAGAAGAAUCAGAUCAGACUCCUUCCACCUUAAAGUUUGAUUUGUUGUUCUUCAAAACUAAUAGUGAAUUUACAAACCUGACCCAGACUUGGAUAGUUUCAUUGCACUUUGUACAAAUUAUGCUUCUUUUAUUACCUUUUUCAAUGUCUGUAGAAUAAGCCCUGAAAGCUAUGAGCUCUUUGCUCCUGCUUUGGUAAAACAGUGAUAAAAAGGUGUGUAGCACCUCUUUGAGGAGUACAAGGAGUAGAUGCAUUGUUUCUUAAGUGUCCCUGUGGGGGAUGGACAGGAGGCUGCUCUGGUGGCCUAUUAAGGUCUUUUCUGGUCCCAUGAAUCUUAAACACAAGAUUACAUGUACCCUUGCAUAUUUUGCCUUUCUGUGCUUUAGUCAACUGUGUUUUUCCCCCAUCCAAAAACUGGUAUUGGGCACACUGGUGAUCCACAGAUGCUACAGAAAGUCCUGUGGUCCUUCUGUCUGUCAGUAUUACCUCAUUCUCUUCUGGUUAACUCCCAAUGACUGUCUCUGAAUCAGGCAGCCUCCAUAUCCUUCGGUAUCUGCUGUUAAAGGCCAGCCAUGACUCAGAGGUGUUUUUUUGUUUUUUUUUCUUUUUCUUCUUCUUUUUUUUUUUUUUUUUUUUUUUUUUUUAAGCCUUUGCAAGUGAUUAUAGUUCACUGUCCUUAAUAAAGUUGGUUCCACCUCACCGCAGUGUUAUGUUUUUCUUAGUCACUCCUCAUUUUGAGGAGUUACCAGUGUUGGUUUCCCACAAAGAGACACACCAUUUUGCCUGAUAGCAGCAAGACAGACAGAUCAUCAGCACCUAUGAUGCUGCACUGAUGAAAUGGUGUGGGGAGAAGUCAGGCAAGUCUGGUUCAGGAAAUAACUCCUUCACUCAAGAGCUUUGGUUGUGACCCAGCACUUUGCUUUGAGAAAAAAAGAGAAAAAGUCUGUAUUACAGAAACAUUCCUUAUUGCCACUGAUCUUAAAUACUGCUGUUGCUGCUAUGGGCUUCUGAAGACAACUUCCAUUCCUCUACUUGAAUUUCUGCGGUUGUACUGUAUUGGCCUUCUGUCUCAUUGUGCUGUUCUCUGAGCUCCAGUCUGCUGGAUGUGUGCUGGCAGUGUCAGGCUGAUAGGAAGGUAAAUGAUCUGAGGUGAGCAAGUCUUUUUAUCAGUAUUUGCACAAGUACUCACAAAUGUGCAACAUAUCUUGUGAGUCCCGGAGUGACCAUUCUUAUUAAAAAACCACUAUAUUUUUCUAGGCCUUGUAUUUUUUGCUGCAGAUGUUAAUUCCCUCCCCCCAUAGCUCCCUAUAACUUUUCUGGUUUUUGCAGUUAUUUGAUGGAUGAACACUGAAUGUUCAGGAUUACCUACUUGUAUCCCACAUUUAAAUCCCACAUUUCUGUCUACAGAUUGGAUUAGAUGUCCUAGAAAUGCCCCAGCAACUGGCAGCUUAGGUAUCCAAUUUGGAAAGCUUGUGGGAAGCAUUGGAGGUCAAUCCAUUAUGGUCAGAGCCUACCAAAAUCAAUCAAGCUUUUUUCUAGAAAACCUUACAAAAACUUCAUGUGAGCACAACUAGAGCACAACAACAUAGGCUCAUUUUCCAAAGCAAUAAGAUAUAAGAUAAGGCAGUACGAGUUUUUGGCAAUCUCUAGCUUGUCUGAUGUGCUAGUGGGUGAGUUCAGAGGUUGGUGUAACUUUCCUUAAUUUGCAGUGGUUGCUUAAAACUUUGUUGUGAUGCUUGUGGCUCUUCAUGGAGCAUGAGACAGCUGUUUGCUGUGAGCUUCCUAUGUGAUGGGAGUGUUUCUGCUUAGAGGUUGCUUUGGUGAUGGCCCUGAUUUUAAAGCCAUUUUUGGAUUCUCCACUGAACCCUAGCAAAGGGCACCACAAUUCUUGCUCCUCUGCUUUCUAAAUUCUCUCCAUAUUCACAAGCCUUUUCUUAUGUGUAUGUUCUUUUAAUACCUAAUGAACAAGUGUUUGGUUUGUCUAUGUGUUUGUUUCUGUAGACAGUAGAUAUCUUUGUUUCAAAAUCCAUAAUUUUGAUUGUAUCCCUUUGAGUUUGAAGCAGUGGAGAUGUUGCUCAAGUGCUCUCUGUCCUACAAGCCUUCUCUCCCUUCGAGAGGGAUGCUGAUUGUGGUUCUGCUGUGUAAAUAGUGUUUGAAAUGUAAAUAGCAGCAUGCAGAUUAAAUGAUUCUUGCACAUGAUUGCUUUUCACCCUUGAAGUGUUUAUACUGACAAACAAGAUAAUCCACCGUGCAACUUCACUGACCGAACCUGAGCGCAGCAAAUGGCCAUUUGUGCUGUACCUCGCCUUGUCGGUGAGGCAGAAGCUCUUUAGUCGCCUGCCACCUACUGUCUGCGGGCUCACUUGCAGCAGGUACUCAGAGGGGAAAGCUCUGUUAAUAUCAGGACUUCCCUUUCAUUUUUCCUUUGCUACUUGGCAUUAGGAGAAUAGAAUUAGACUGUAAACUGGAGUAUCAGAGUCAGGGCCCCCUACCAGUUUUGGGAGGCAAACAUCACUUGCGGCAGGACUAAGCAUGGUGCUAUUUGAAUUGCUGUGGUCCUGAAUGUUAAUUUGCAUUUUUACUUCAUUAGAGAUGCCCUUGGCAAAAUUGAUUCUGAUGAACACUGCUGGUUACAAGAGAAACUCUCAUGUGUAUUCUUAAUUCCAUUUCCUUUCCUGCUGUACAUGUGCCAUUUGGGUGCACUGUAGCGAUAGUUCUGCAAAUGACUGGGGGGGUGGGGUGGGGGUUAAAUCUCAACAGGCGUCAAGAGCUAGUAAAGGUUCCAGUUGCUCUCUCCUAUUUUUGUUUUCUCUCUGAAGCUUUUGAGAGUGUCUGUAUUUGUUAGCAAAACUGUAUAAUGCAAACAAAGGAAUCUACCUUGUUUGAUCUGCUACCUACCAAAAUUUGCCACUUUAAGAAAAAUCUUCUUCCCCUAACAUUCAGCAACAUUGUCACUGCUAGCGUGUAUCAUGCAGGAGUGUGUGCCAUGCCACGUUACUAGCUGUCUAUUGUGUUUCAGCAAUACAAAGUUGUUGACGAGAAGCUCCAUCUGUAUGUAUGUUCAUGUUCAUCCUGUGUACUCAGUAGAGAUGGACCUAUUGCUGCCUUGAUUUCUGGUGAGGAUGGGAUUUGGGUUUUGUGGCUCAGGUCCAUCUCUGAGAAGUGUUUUCUAGAUUAGUUCCAACUGGAUCUCUGUGCUUGGAUCAUCCAAUGGCACAAGGAAAGGUGUUGAUAUUUACCCUUUAUGUAUCAUUCCUUUUUAUACGAAUGUAUUCUUGUGUUCCUUUUUUUUUUUUUUUUUUUUAAUCAGAUGUAAAAUUGAUUGUAAAAGCCAACUACAUUUACUGAUUGAAAGUAUUGGUAUAACAGAACUGCAUGCCCAGUAGAGUUUGACUUGAACUUUAGUUAUCUGAUUUCAGACUGGUUAUCUUUGGUCUAGGAGAAAAGCAUAGAUCAGGUGCAUAUGUAUUACUUGUCAUCUUUAGCAGUAGACUGUGGUAUUGUAUCACAUGCUGAUCUCAAUGGAUGUAACUGGAGUAUACUUAGGAAGUUAAUACAACUUCCUGGUAAUUCAUUUUAAGCUAUUGAAAGUGGUCUUGGUCAUGCUACUUGUGUUCUUGGGUUUUUGUUUUUUAAUAGAUGCAUUUUUUUUUUAGGUAUGUUUUAAUACACUUACGAUGGACAACACGAUAGUUUUAAUAGUUGUGCAGUACUCUGUAUUUACUUGAAGUAAAUCAUUUUAUAUGCAAUUUGUUAGAUAAUUACAAUUUUAUAAAUAAAAUUGCGUGAAAUAUG